AUGGUAUUACAAUCGGGCGUUGCAGCUGAGCUGGUCCUGGAUGAGAGGCUUAAAUACUGGGUGCUGUUGCCUAUUUCAAUAGUGAUGAUACUUGUUGGUGUGCUCCGUCAGAGUAUCAUCGGCCUGAUCGGGCCCGGGACGAGAGGUACUGCUGUGGUGAAGCUGACGGAGACAAAUUAUGUGAAUAAGGGACGUGCGUUGAUGGGCAACGGUUCGAACGUUUGCUACGAGUCGUUUGAUAUGAGGAGGGAGUAUUUGUCUCAGGUGCUUGGCGAAGGGAAGUAUAUUGCUAGGUUGAAUGAAGAGCCAGCUGCCGGCGGGGCCACGAACCCGUUCUCGGAUCCUGGACUGUCGGACUCGAUAAUGAGCAUGGCAAAGGGUAAUAUGGCCAACUAUAUUCCGCAGACACUGAUCAUGUGGUGGGUCAACCACUUCUUCGCAGGUUUUGUGCUGAUGAAGUUGCCGUUCCCAUUGACCAUCAGGUUCAAAGAGAUGCUGCAAAGCAGUAUCAUGACCCCAGACCUGGACGUCAGGUGGGUCAGCAGUAUUUCGUGGUACUUUAUCUCUGUGCUGGGGUUAGAUCCUGUAUACAACCUGCUUUUGAGCAGCACAGAGGGCAUCGACAUGAUGCAGCAACAGCAGCAGCAGAUGCCAUCCCUUGGAGGACCAGGCCAGCCGCAGCCGGAGGCGUUGAUGAAGGGCAUCUCGAAUGAUUUAACCAUCGCCCAGCACCAGUGCUGUUUUGAUGACAUAGAGAAGAGAGUGCUAAAGAUGUACGCUUAA